CGUUUGGAAGGAAUACAACCACUCACACUCCCCGGGUUUUGAACCGGUCCCCCCUUCUUCGCCUCUCCAGCCGCGUCAUGUCGUCCGCUGUUACCGAGACGGAGGAGUCGGCGCACGGCUCCCCGCUAACGCCUCUCAAGCUGGUCGGGCUGGUGUGCGUCUUCCUGGCGCUCUGCCUGGACGUGGGAGCCGUGAUGAGCCCGGCGUGGGUGACUGCCGACGACCAGUACUACCUGUCCCUGUGGGAGUCCUGCUGGAAGCCGGCGAGCACCGAGAACUGGCAGUGCAGCAGCACGCUGGGAUCAGACUGGCAGGUUGCUACGCUGGCCCUGUUGCUAGGGGGUGGAGCCCUGGUGCUGAUGUCAUUCCUGGUCGCUCUGGUUGCCGUGUGCAUCGGCACGAGACGGCGAUUCUAUGCGCCCGUCGCCUUCAUGCUUUUUGCUGCAGUUGUACUCCAGGCCUGCAGCUUGGUCCUCUACCCCAUCAAGUUCAUCGAGAGCAUCAACCUGAGGAUCUACCACGAGUUCAACUGGGGCUACGGCCUGGCCUGGGGGGGAACCAUCUUCUCCUUUGGCGGGGGUAUUCUCUACUGCCUCAACCCCAAGAACUAUGAGGAGUAUUACUAGCUCCGAUUCAAGCCAAGAACCCUACAUGCUGGGAGAGGUAUUCAGGGGGUGAGCAGGGUUUUUUUUUUUCCUUUAAUGGCUCAAUUCCCAAGAACUUUAAGGAAUAUUAUACAUCGUUUUUGAGCCAAUAACUUGUGCUGCGACAAGCUUCCCCCAUAGGGGAAAUUCAAGGGGUGAAGCUGGCGGUCAGUGGAUUUCUUUUCUUGCCUCAGUCAACAGAAGUGUGAGCGCUGAGUCCACUUAUUUGAACUUACAGCCCCAACAUCACCAGGUUGGUCCUGGGUAGGGGUCAGGGGGUGGGAAGGAGUCUUACUAGUUUAUUACUCAGACUUGUGACACACCUGGGAGAAGUGAAAACCCUGCAGAGAUGGAAGUUUAUGGUAAUGAUCCAACAUCUGUUCUUUCUUCCCUGUGAACUAAACUGCAAGUCACUACCCAACUUAUCGACUCUGCGACUGAAGAAACAGGAUGUCGGAUUGGGAGGCUUUUACCGCACGUAUUUGCACGCAUGCACAUGCAAAGGCACGUGUCUGUCAACAUCAAGUCUUCGGGCUGGGUUUAAAAAAAUCUACCCCUC